AAGUACACUACCGGAAGUAGUAUAGUCCACAGCAACAUGGACGAUGUUAUUUAGAAAGUCACGCUAAGUAUAAGAAAUGGGAAACGACACGUGCAUCGACGAGGCAUUGGAGAUGUAAAAGGAACACUUACUUUUUAUAAUAUUGUAAUAAGAUGAACAUAUUUAUAUAAUGUCAGAAUGUACUCAUGAUACCGCAGGAGCAGAAACAGACGAAGUAUUGCCGGAGUUGCAGAAACGCAAAAUGGAGGGGGACGUCGUGACGUUAGAUGCUGGUGAUCCUCAAGCAUCAAUAAAACCAUUAAAGAUUGACAAUGAGUUACCAAAUGGCAAGAUCAAACACAGACCAAACGAAAAUGGUUUGGUAUCGCAUAUACUGACGACCGAAAGUCCUAAAUUGACAGAGAAUGCACCAGAGGAAAUGGAAGCAUGUUCCUCAUGCGAAAGUGAAAAUACGAUCGACACCCCCCUGACUGAGCGAAGCAGUAUUGACUGUACUGGUCUUGGAAGUGAUGCAGAAUCCUCUUUGUGUGAAGCCGUGCAGCAGUUAGGUGUAUAUGCACCUGGGGGAAGUGAUAUAAAAGAAGGAAUAGAGUAUAUUGUUUAUAAAUCAGAAGUUCAAAUGCCUGAUAUCAUGAGACUGAUAACUAAAGACUUGUCGGAACCAUACUCAAUUUAUACCUACAGAUACUUCAUCCACAACUGGCCAAAGCUUUGCUUCCUUGCUAUGGAUGGAGUAAAAUGUGUGGGAGCCAUAGUUUGUAAAUUAGAUAUGCACAAGAAAAUGGUACGAAGAGGAUACAUAGCAAUGUUAGCUGUAGAUUCAGAUUACAGAAGGAAACGAAUUGGUUCCCAUCUUGUCCGCAAGGCAAUCAGAGCUAUGAUACUAGAUGACUGUGAUGAGGUUGUUCUUGAAACAGAAAUAACCAACAAAGCAGCCUUACGCCUGUAUGAAAAUCUGGGAUUUGUACGAGACAAAAGAUUAUUCCGUUACUACUUGAAUGGUGUGGAUGCGUUACGACUGAAGCUGUGGUUACGAUAGACGUGUAAAGAAAUGUUAGUUAUGAACAGCGGAACUGUUUUAUUGUUAGGUGUUGUGUGUGUGAAGGGGUAUAAAACUGAGUAAGUUAUUUUACAUCAUGUGUAGUUACCAGAGUGUGUGUUUGUUUUGUGGGGAGAAAUGAAUGUACAAAUAGACUCAAGAAUCAUUAUCCCUUUUUUUUUUUUUUUUUCUCAAGGGAUCAAAUGUAUUAUUUAUAAGACCACUACAUAGUGAUAAAACGCGGACAAAAUAAUGACUGUGCCAUCUUGUUCUGUAUGUAUCGCUUCAAAACAUAAUGUACUGCAUUCUAAUCCGAACCAUUAUAAAUUUGAUAAUUUUCAGUUCAUCAUCAACACCAGUUGAAAUCCAUACUUUUUUUGUGUGAUUGUAUUAAGUCUUCAAAGUGUAAGCAAAUACUGAUUCUUGCCGUUCGAUGAUAUACUGCCAGUGUGAGUGUUAUACCUGUGCUCACCUUAUUGUGGUGACGGCCUAUACAUCCAUUAGAAAUCAACCUGUCAAGUGCUUUGUGAUAAAAAACUGUUCGGGAAAUAUCCUUUCAUAUUUUUAUAUAAAGUUGAUAAUCAUUUUUGUGUUCUGUGAUGUUAGAAAUUGUAUCCUCGUUUGUUAAUUUUGUGAACUGUUAUUAUGAACUUAAAAAAAUGAACCAUCUUCUUUGAUUUCAAAGUCCCAAACUUAAAGAGUUUGAUACAUUCGUGUUUCAUUAACGUCGAGACUUAAUAUAAAAUUUUUUUUUUAAAAAGGCUUUGAACAAGCUAAAGUACUCUCGUAUCUUGAUAAACAAAACCAUUAAUUGAGAAGAAAAAGUGUUCAAUUAUGUUUAAAUGCUUGUCUUACACCAAUUAUCAUAUAUUAAAUUUGAACUGACUGGAAAAAAUGUUUAAAAAAAUACACGUUGACAUACAUCACUGUAGUGUGGGUCUUGUCCACAUGUACAUAUAUACCAGGUAUUAUAAUGUUACUGUCACCAGUAUGGGUCUUGGUCUACUAGCUUGGCUUGCCACUCUGUUAAUACAUUCAUGUCUCGAUAUUUCUCUCUCACCUUUGUCAAUAUUUCUAGCCCUCUCAAUAAAUUAACAUGGCUAUGAAAGAGUUUUCUCAAAAUAAUUUUUUUACACAACAGACGACCAUGUCAUGAUGAGUUUCCAUACUUCAUUAACUCAUUAAUCAUAUUGUAGCCUGUUGAAUUUAGAUUGAUACAGACCCAUAAAGGAAAUUUCUUAAUUGGAUAUUUUAAUUACCUGGUACACAUACUUUAUACAGAUUCAGUAUAGUAAAGAGUUAUAAUUAAAUAUAUAGGAAAUAUGCAUACAAUAUAUAACAUCUGUUAUUUCUUUUUCACACUAGCAAAAAGUCACCCAAAUGGACAAGGUACAUUUUGUAUGACACUGAAACAUAUCCAGUACAUACAUGUGUGGCAGUCAUUCUAUGAUCUUUCUCCAUACAUGUGUGGCGGUCAUUUUAUGAUCUUUGUCCAUACAUGUGUGGCAGUCAUUUUAUGAUCUUUGUCCGUACAUGUGUGGCGGUCAUUUUAUGAUCUUUGUCCAUACAUGUGUGGCAGUCAUUUUAUGAUCUUUGUCCGUACAUGUGUGGCAGUCAUUUUAUGAUCUUUGUCCGUACAUGUGUUGCAGUCAUUUUAUGAUCUUUGUCCGUACAUGUGUUGCAGUCAUUUUAUGAUCUUUGUCCGUACAUGUGUGGCGGUCCUUUUAUGAUCUUUGUCCAUACAUGUGUGGCAGUCAUUUAAUGAUCUUUUAACACUAUGUUAAAGCACCACAUUGUAUAUAAGGUAAUAAACUUAUCAGGAAAAUAUAACUUUCCAUUAUCCAAUGGAAUGAUGAUGGAAUUGUCCAUUUUGAUGUAAAAACAAAAUGACCUUAAUUUGUAUAUAUCUGCUGUAAGAUUAUUUGAACAAUCAAAAAGCUGAGUUUUGUACCAUAUUAAUCAAUUAUGGACCUUUUUUGAGGUCAAUAUGGCAUACCGACCUGGUAGAAAAAAUAUUAACAACAGAUAAAGUCUGGGAUCAAUAUUCUGUUAUUUUAUCUAUCGGGGUCAAUAUAUAGCACCAUAUUAGCCAAUUCAGACUUCCUUGAAUUUAUAUUGGACAUGGAAUUUGUUUGCAGAAGGGUGGACUUGCAUUAUAGUCAUCUCACUAACUUGAAAUUUACUCUGGCCUGGAGCAUUUUGACAUCACAAUUAUUAUGACGUUGUAAUACAAUAUUGCUGCAUUCCUAAAAAUUGAAUCACCAUGACCAGGUCAUGCCAAUAUCUCAAAAUAUUAACCUCAACAUGACCAUGUUUAAGCCAGUGAUAAUUGAUGGAAAUUGGACCAGACCUGUUAUAAACACGAUCGGAAUUUUAGGUGCUACUGGUGUCGUUAAUGUAGUAACUACAUGAUGACUUUGUAUUGAACUCCUUUAAACAGUUGAGAGAAAUGAUCAAAUUAUUCUGCAUCUGCAUAGGAAUAAUCUAUCUGUCCUUUUUCUGUCUUUGGAAAUAAAAUAAUCAUGGGGUAAAUAUAUACUCUGCAUAUCCAAUUUAUAUCGUCAUAUAUUACAAUAGAGGUACACUGCAUAUUAAGAAAAGAAAGGAAGGAAUCUUAUGUAGAAAAGUUUUUUAUAAUUUAUUUUUGCUUGUUCUUCCUGUAUGCCAUAUAGCAGGUAUGUUGACCUGUCUGUGACUCAUUGUUACAGCAGACUGUCUGUGGGUGUCUGAGACUCAUUGUUACAGCAGACUGUCUGUGGGUGUCUGAGACUCAUUGUUACAGCAGAGUGUGUAAAUCAUUGCUACAGCAUGCACAGUCUCUGUGUGUCAGAUGGUAUUUCAGCGACCUGUCUGUGUAAGUCAUUGUUACAGCAGAGUGUGAAAUGGUAUUUCAGAGACCUGAAACAGAAGGCUGUCUGUGUCAGAUGUUGUUUCAGUGACCUGUGUGAGUCAUUGUUACAGCAGGCUGUGUGAGAUGGUGUCUCAGUGACCUGUCUCUGUAAGUCAUUGAUAUAGCAGGCUGUGUGAGAUGGUAUCUCAGUGACCUGUCUCUGUAAGUCAUUGUUACCGCAGGCUGUGUGAGAUGGUGUCUCAGUGACCUGUCACUGUAAGUCAUUGUUACAGCAGGCUGUGUGAGAUGGUGUCUCAGUGACCUGUGUGAGUCAUUGUUACAGCAGGCUGUGUGAGAUGGUGUCUCGGUGACCUGUCCGAGUCAUUAUCGGUUGUACCUCAUUAUUUAUUAUGUAUGUUGAGUGGAGCAGAUGAUAUGUACAAUGUAUAGGUAGUUUCACUGUUGGAUCCAGGCUUGCUAGUGGUGCAAACAUUUGUACUGGUCUUCCUGUGUUAUGCAAUUAAUUGUGAUCCCUAAUCAGUCAUUGACUUGAAGUGAAGUAAAUUGUAAUAUAAUGCUUUAAUAUUCCUCUCAUCUCAUGUAUGACAGUUUCAUCCAUCAUACCUCAUACAUGUGUUUAAGGGGAACAUUUUUAUUCUUAAAAGGUGAAUGAGCAUCCAAUAUUUGCGAAAACAUUGUUUUCAUUUUGAAUCAUUUUUUGUUAUCGGCGUACAUGUAUAUUUCAUUUCUAAAUUUUGAAGUGGGUAGGGAACAUUGUUUGAAAAUUAUCACGUGGUUAUCUCCCCUUAUCCAGUGUCUGGACUUCUGGUUUUACAGAGGAUUGCUCACUCAGCCUAUAACUCGGAAUUUCAGACAUGAUAAUAGCAUUGCAUAUUUUUUAUGAAAGGACAUCUUUAAACUGAAAGUAGGUGAGAAAUUGUAUCUGUGUUACAUAGUUUAAUACAAUCCCUUCUGCUUAAAUCCUGAAUAUUUGUGAGGUGUUAAUAUGGUGAUGGUUCACAGCACCACAAUCACUGAUCCAUCACAGAUCCAUUCUUAAUUCCAGUGCCAGAAGUCUACUAAUCCAGAAUUCCUUGCUGGUGACACAGUUUGUGUUAAUGGUGUUUUUUUUGGUUUUUUUUUUUCUCAAAAUUUUGCAAUGGACAAAUCUUGAGUGUAAGGUGUCAGCAAUCAUGACCUGGAAUGAGUUUUGGUUAUAAAAAGUUCUGUGAUGGAGAUAGAACUACAGUGUAGUAGUAAUAUAACCAAAUGUCUCUGAGAUUUCAAUGUAGGCAAGUUACAAGGGCAAAACUCGUGUACUGUUAAAGUGUUACACUUAACGCCAAUGUUUGCCUGAUCAAUGUUUGCCUGAUCAAGUGAAAUGGCGAAAUCAGAUGCAAAGUGUUUGAACCUUACACAAUACAUCAGGUACAUCUGACCCUGGUAUAUAGGUAUUUUGUCACAGACGUUGGUACAACAUGUUGUCCUCUCCCUACUGUACCAUUGUGUUAACAUAUUUUAUGUGGAGUUGUUGGGCGUGUAUGAUCGAGUGAGUGAGUUGAAUUUGAACUUCAAGGUUUGCUUUGCAUUUAAACAUGUAAUGAAUGUUAGGUAUCUGUUAUGUUGGAUGAUCGCAAGUGUUGGUGCAUGUUGACGUCCGAGAAUGUAGACAUUGAAGUUAAACUGGUUUGUCGUGUUGUUAACCAUAAGAUACACACACUGGAAUAUUAUUGAUCUUACAGCAACUUGUAGAAUUCAGUUUCUUUAGUUAAAGCUGACUUGGUGUAAAAAGAAAAACAAGAUAUAAAGGUAUCACUAAUACAUAUCGCUGUAAUAAAUGUUAGCUGUGUUUUAUCGACAAUACCAAAUGAAAACUUUAACUAUGAAUAUAGGCCUUGAAGGAGAAAACUCUUAUUAAGGGGUUCAAUUGUGUUUUUCCUGAAUUUUUAUUGUCUCAUAUAAAUGACAAGUUAAAAUAUUAGCUACCAUGAAGUAAACUAGCUGGGACUAAGAUAACUUGUUUUAUGUAGAUAGUCAUUAAUUGAAUAUUGAUUCUUCAUUUGGAAGGUGAUCAUUAAUUUAUUAUUAAUUUUGAUACAAAGAUAUUUAAUGAAUUGCACAUUGCAAUUAAUUUUUAUUUUAUUAAGUGAUGGAUUGAUGCCUGUUUAGACCAUACACUGUGCACACACAGAUAAUUCUAUAUUGUUGAAGUCUAGUACACUGGAGUCUGUUGUUCAGUCAAAUUUUGAAAAUUAAAAGAAAAUCUUAAUUAAGAUAUUGCAGCAAUAUAUGCUAAAAUAAAUCCUUCAGCAAAUGGAGAAGGCUUUGAAAUACAUCAGAAUAUGCAAGAUGGCUACAAAUGAAAGAGAUUAUAUUGUAUCAAAGUUUUACUGUAAAAAAUGAAUGUCAAACUUCGCUGAACAAUUAAAAUUUAUCUUUAUUUGAUUUCUUAAAUAAGUUACAAGAAAAUGUUGAAUGUGAUGCUUUCAAUUGUUAUUACAAUUUAAGGGUGAAGAUUUGUUCUCUGUGCAAGUGGUUGAAACCAUUGUUUUUGUUGAACAAUAAUUUAUGAAAAAUGUUCUUUUAAUAAUGUUACAUGAAAUAUCAGGUUUAAAUUUAUUGAUGAUCUGUUGGAAACUGUAUUACUCAUUUAAGUUUAAAGAGGAAUGAAAUGGUGAAUCAUUAUUUUCCUGGUGUCUAUUUUCAUUUUGGUAUGUCAAGUGUUAAAACUGAAACAAUAUUUUAAAAUUGUCUUGCCAUGUAGACGAACGUACAAAUGUAUAUGGAGUAAUGUUACACCAGAUUUCUUAUCCAACACCCAAUGUCGUCAUAUUGUAAUACAUAUACUGCAGCCUGUCAGACCAGGCCAAAAAACCAUCAAAAUUGUUGCUUGUAUGAUAUAUAAACUAUUUUAAGAAAACAAAUUAUCAGGACUGCAAUGUUCGUAAGAUUGGUUUAUAUUGGAGUUAUUCCCCUUGGUCAGUAUUGUACUGAUGAAUAAAGAUUUUUAAAAAAAUA